CCUGGAACACACUACUAGACCGCAACCACGUGCAGCUUGAACACUUUAAUCCGUUAGCAUGAGCACGGAAAAAAAUACGCACUGCAAACGGAGGUUGUGGGAUUGUGGCAUCACAGAUGAAGGUUGUGCUGCUCUGGCUUCAGCUCUGAGAUCAAACCCCUCACACCUGAGAGAACUGAAUCUGUCUGAGAACAAACUAGGAGAUUCAGUGAAGCUGUUUUCUGAUGUACUACAGAAUCCUCACUGUAAACUGGAGACACUGUGGUUGAUUAAUUGUGGCGUCACAGAUGAAGGUUGUGCUUCUCUGGCUUCAGCUCUGAGAUCAAACCCCUCGAACCUGAGACAACUGAGUCUGUCUGGGAAUAAACUAGGAGAUUCUAGUUGGAAGUUACUCUCUGAUCUGAAGGACGAUGCACAUUAUAAACUGGAGAGAUUAUAGUAUUGACUCUCAGUAUUUAGACGUCAGUUUCCUUAGGAUCAGCUGAUGGUGAAUAAAGCUGGGCUCACACUACAGGAUUUUUAAAAUCCUAACCGAUUAUGAAAUCUGGUUGCAACGCACACAUAAGGAGAAUCUUUGCAGAUUAUCUUCCCUCAAAUCUUAAACAUGCACACACUACAAGAUUCGAAAAUUGUGGCGCAUCACACACUACAAGAUAUUAUUAAGAUUAUCACGAAGGAGGGAUCGCCUCACGUGAUCUUACAAAACAGAUCGUCAUUUCAGCAACUAAUGUUUACAAUUUUUAUUAUUAUUAUUAUUCAUUUUGUUUAUUUGAAUGUAUUGUUAUACUUGUAUACGUUUUGUUGUAGUUUAUAAUU